AUUGUGUCUUUUCGUGUUCUAUCGAUAUAGACCGAUAAGAGAUAGCAAUAAUUAGUGCUUGCGACCUGUUAUAUCAAAGUGAUAAAAUGUCUUUAUUUACUGACAUGAUUGAACAUAUAAGACACCUUUUAAAGUUAGCCGCAAAUAACAAUAAAGAAGCCCUUCUGGAGGGUCUAACCGAAUGCAGAAAAGCAGUGCGCAAAAUUGGUAUAAAAAUGAAAAAAGCCAAAACCCAAGGUAAAAAGCAGCAUUUAGAGACCUGUUUAAAAGACGUAAAAAGUUUACGUCGCCAGCUUAAGGCUUGCCAAAAGAAAGGACAAGGAAUUAAAUCUACGAAGGAAGCACCUAGUCGUCGAGUAAAGUGGGAUGAUGUUAAUUCUGCGUUUAAGUCAAGGGUUCGAACCGGUGUUGUUACUAAUAUUAAACAUAUCGAUCCUACGAAAUUUUUAGAAGACUGUGCUCUUGUGUUUAAACGUAAAAUCCAAAAGAUUUUGAAACCGGAAUUCUCUCUCAAAAUUAAUACAGUGUUUUGUGGUGAAUUUCAAGUGGCUAAAGCCGAUCAGAUACAGAGUGAAUUCAAGUACUUAAAUACCAAAAAUGCGCCAGUGUACCAGGAUACAGAUUUCGAUAUCUGGUUUAAGGAACAUGUCACAGAUCCUUUACUUGUAAAAUUAAGCGACUUCCAAGAAAAUGCGUCCGGUUGGGCUCUGAGUAGAGUAAUUAAUUUAUCUGUAAACAUAAACAAAUAUAAUCCUCUACAUGCCGGUAGCUAUAUCGAUCUUCCUAAAUCAAUUAAAAGUAAAAAAGCUUGCGUAAAUAUUCAAAAUAGUGAUGAUAUGUGUUUUGCUUGGGCUGUUACUAGUGCCCUUUAUCCCCCCUUAUCCUCAAAAGUUGCUGAUAGAACAUCUUCAUAUCCUAAUCCUAAGGACGUACUGAACCUUGAAGGAAUCCAAUUUCCAAUGACCCAGAAACAAGUACCAAGAUUUGAGAGACAAAAUGACGUUUCCGUUAAUAUUUACAGGCUCAAACAACAAACUCAGAAAAAAAAACAGGCAACAGAAAAAACAACAGGCUCAAUCAACAAAACGAAAAAAAAUCUUAAAGUUAAAAGCUCUUCCGAAGAAAUAAACUUUAAAGUUUAUCCAGCGUUUUUGACGAAAAAUAAGCUGGAAAAGCAUGUUAACGUACUAGUGAUACAGGACCAUUACGUUGAUGAAGAUGAUGAAGAUGAUUAUAUUGACAGAUAUAUUUUACCUGUUAAAACCCACUUCGUAUGGAUUAAAAACUUAUCACGUUUAAUUUCAAAACAGAUAAAUAAUCAUAAUGGAAAAAAGUGGCUCUGCGAUAGGUGUUUGCACUAUUUAUACUCCGAAGAAAAGUUAAACGUACAUUUGAAAGAUUGUGUGAAAUUAAAUACUGGUGGAGGAGUUCCCACGACGCCUGAAAAAGAAGGUAAAAAUAAUCGUAUUGGUUUUAAGAACGUUAAGUCUAAAGAAAAGUCACCAUUCGUUAUAUAUGCCGACACUGAAUGUUUCUUACGGCCUGCUGAAAAUAAUCGAAUAUACCAGCACCAUGAACCCUAUAGCAUUGGAUAUUAUGUAAAAUGCAGCUAUGACGACACAUUAUCAUUUUAUAAAUCUCAUACAGGACAGGACUGUAUGAAAUGGUUUGUUAAAGAAUUGGAGGACAAUGCUAAAAUCAUUUCUACUGCUUUAAAAAUAUUUUUACCGAUGGACUUAACUUCCGAGCAACGUAAUAAUUUUAAUAAAGCUACCCAUUGUCACGUGUGUGAAAAGCCUUUUGACGAAAAGAAUAUAAAGGUUCGUGAUCAUUGUCAUCUUACUGGAAAAUAUCGCGGUCCUGCCCAUAAAAAGUGUAAUUUAAAUUACAAGGACAGUCAAACAGUGCCUGUAUUAUUCCAUAAUCUCAGUUCUUAUGACGGUCAUAUGGUGGUGAAAGCUUUGGCUGAAACUAAGGGAAAUAUCUCCGUUUUACCUGUAAACAAAGAAAAGUAUAUUUCGUUUACGAAAAAAAUUCCCGGAUAUUUUAUCGAGUUUCGUUUUAUUGACAGUUUUAGAUUCUUAGCCGCCGGCUUAAGUGAUCUUGCUUCUUAUCUGACUGAAUACCCUAUUCUACGAUCUGAAUAUCGGAAAGUGUCUGGGGAGCAAUUUUCUCUAUUAUGUCGCAAAGGAAUAUUUCCAUACGACUUUAUGGAUGACUGGCCCAAACUUGAUUAUGCUAAAUUGCCUGAAAAGCAAAGUUUUUAUAAUUCAUUAACAGAAUCAUAUAUUAAAGAUACAGAUUACGCUCAUGCACAAACUGUAUGGAAUUCGUUUGAAUGCAAAACCAUGCGGGACUAUUCGGAAUUGUACAUGAAGACUGAUAUUUUGUUGUUGGCAGAUGUUUUUGAGACAUUUAGAACCACUGCCCAUAAGGAAUAUGGUCUGUGUCCUGUACACUCAUACACUUUACCUGGAUACGCUUGGCAAGUCAUGUUAUUCCAAAUGUCAAAAACUAACCUGCGUCCUCUCGAACUUCUUACUGAUUUGGAUAUGGUGCUGUUUAUUGAAAAAGGAAUUCGUGGAGGUUUGAGUCAAUGCUCUCAAAGAUAUGCUGAAGCUAACAAUAAGUAUAUGGAUAAUUAUGAUUCGUCAAAAGAAGAUUCAUAUCUUAUGUACUUUGACAUAAAUAACCAAUAUGGUUGGGCUAUGUCCCAAUUCUUGCCAUAUGGAGGGUUUGAAUGGCUGGAUCAAAAAAAACUUCAAAAGUUGAAGACUUCAAUCCUAGAAAUUGCCGACGAUGCCCGUACCGGAUAUAUUCUAGAAGUCGACCUGGAAAUUCCCAACGAAUUACAUGACAAAUUCUCAGAUUUACCACCCUGUCCAGAACAUGAUAAACCACCUGGAUCUAAAAACGCUAAACUAUUAGCAACGUUGCAUAAAAAAGAACAAUAUGUAAUUCACUACCGCAAUUUAAAACAAGCGAUUCACCUGGGAGUCAAAGUUACUAAUAUCCAGAGGGGAAUUUCCUUUCAUCAGUCUCCAUGGCUAAAACGUUACAUCGAUCAAAACACAGUCCUGAGACAGAAAGCUAAAAAUGACUUUGAAAAAAAUUUAUUUAAGUUAAUGAAUAACGCUGUCUUUGGCAAGACCAUGGAGAAUAUAAGAAACCAUUCCUCUCUUAAACUUGUAACUAAAUGGGAAGGUCGAUAUGGGGCAGAGGCUCUUAUUUCAAACCCAGAAUUUAAAAACAUUACCAUAAUUAACGAAAACUUUAUAAUCAUCGAAAUGGCCAAGUCUGUGAUUUACUUUAAUAAACCUAUAUAUGUAGGAAUGUCCAUUUUAGACAUUGCGAAAACAACAACGUAUAAGUUCCAUUAUGAUUACAUGCUGAAAAAUUUCUCCAAUAAUUGUACUGUUAUUUACACCGAUACAGAUUCGCUUAUCUAUGAAAUUAAAAACUUAGACGUUUAUGAUAUGAUAAAGCGAGAUUGUUAUCAGCACUUUGACACAAGUGACUAUGCUACCGAUAACAUUUAUGGCAUUCCUAAAGUAAAUAAAAAAGUCUUGGGAAUGAUGAAAGACGAAAACAACGGGCGUAUUAUGACUCACUUUGUUGGUUUAAGGUCCAAAAUGUACGCAACAAAAUUAUUUUAUACGAGUGAAGAACUAGAACAGCAAAAACUAAAACUAGAAGAGGAUGGAAUAGAACGGAAAGAAAUUGAAAUGCAUUUAAAAAAUAAGGGGAUAACUAAAAAAAUCAAGGGAGUUAAAAAAUAUGUCAUAAAAAAUAAAGUUACGUUUGAAGAUUAUGUGGAAUGUCUCGAAAAGUUUGUGGAAAAAUCUAUAUCACAAAACCUGAUUCGGUCUAAAAAUCACGAACUUUACACAAUCAAACAAACAAAAAUUGGUCUAAGCCCGCAUGAUGAUAAGCGAUCGAUUUCUGAAACAUCUAUAAAAACAUUACCUUGGGGACACUAUUCUAUUAUAGAUACAUAAUUUUUUAUCAUUUUUCAUAAUUCACUGCAAAUGAAAUAUCAUAUAUACAUAUAUGCGUGUGAGUAUGUAUUGUGUGAGAAUAUGUGGCAAUGAAAGGGUGUGUGAAUGGUCUCCAACUAUGUAGCUAGUACCUUGACGAGGUGUUGGAGCUUAAGAUUGUUUUUAUAAUUUUAAUGAUGACUUAAGCUUCCUUUUAUUUAUUAUCAACUCGAAAAAACCGACUAUUUUAUUAUUAUGAUUAUUAUUAUAAAAGCAAUCAACUAAUUAGCUACCUUCUACCUGCUGUAACCUGACCUAUCCUCAGCGGAUUGUCUAGUCCGCCUGGUUGGCCCAGGCCGGGUAGUACGAAAUGGUAGCUUGUCGUCUUAACCCUUUGAACUGGUCCCUACAUCGUGGGAUUUAGGUUUUUAGUCAGGUUGUCUCCUCUUGGCUCGGGCGGUUAAGCCAAAAACCCCCACACCCUCUACCAGAGCUUUUGUCUUUUUUUGACUUAAAUUAUUUUAAUGACUUAAAUCAUUUGAUUUUAAGUCAUAUUUCGAAAGCUGGCUUAAGAGUUAAAAUUUAAGUCAUUUUCAAAAUGACUUGUGAUUUAAGCAAA